CGUCCACGUGUACUGGUUUCCCCGCUUCAGUCAUGAACCCGGAAAAUUUUUACAUUUGUCUAAAAAUCCAAAAUGUAUUUUGACUCGUUCAUGUUCCAGACUCCUCCUGGAAAUGAAUUAACUCCUCACGCCAGAGCCCAGAUUCAUAUUUUCUGAGAUUGAAGCAAUCAAAAAUCCCAUUCUGUAUCACUUACUAGUUGUUGUAUAUUGAAAGAAUGGGCACCAGCUUCUAGAUUGCUUUCCGGUGAUCUGUUCUGUAUAGAAUGCUUUUCAAAGUUUCAACUUUCCCUUCCUUGAAAGCAAUAGCAUUAGACUCCUUUAUUACACGGACUUCUCGGGAGUUUGACUAAUAAUAUAUCGAUAACCAGCUCUCUCUCUCUCUCUCUCUCUCUCUCUCUCCCUCCCUUCCUCUGCUCUGCUUCUGGGUUCUCUGUUUUGAGUUUGAAGCUUGAGCAUAUUCAGGGUUGAUAGUUGAGUAUGGGAUUGGGAAUUGGUCCAAAUUCAAACAGUUGGCAGACUUUUCAGCUCACAAUAACUUCUUCAGUCUGUUCUGUUUUGAAACCGAGCUAUAAAAUUUCUUCUUUCUUAUUGCCAACACGUAGAGAAAGCAAUAAAGGUCUUGCUUAUGGCUUAGCUUAUCUACGUUCUCUUUCUGGGUCAUGUUCUUCUAGAGGAAAUAGUCUAAAACGAGCUUGUAGUGCAAGUUCUGAUGAAAUUUUCGACACAGAAUCAUCGAAGCAGAUUGAAGAAUUAGCCAGGAGGUUCAGUCUUGUCGAUGAUGAGAACGAAAUUGAAAAGGAAACUACUUGCACAGUAUCAGAAACGUUCGGAAAAGGCAGACUUUUGGAAGGAGAAGAUGAAGUAAACUUGAGGGAGUUUUCAAGUUUGAAGUUUGAUUCUUUGGAGCCUUCGUUGUUUGGUAUUGAGCCCGAGCCACCUCACUGGCCAGAGGGAGAUGAAAUUGUGCGCAUUAACAUUGAACGGAGAGUGAACAGAGUGGAAAUUCCUCUAUCACUUCGUAUAAUCAAGAGGAAGCAACAAUGGGAAGAGGGUUUGAAAGAAUCAGGGGACUUCACUUGCUGUUCUUUGAAAAGGGCCCUCUCUUCAAUGGUGUUUAUGAUUAGAGAGCUUCAAAGCUAUGCGUUGCAUAUAAGGGAAAGCAUUUACUAUGAGGAUUUACAAGUGAUUAUUGAUAAGGCGCAGAGAGAUAUAAAUACAUCAUUCGUUUGGCUAUUUCAACAGGUCUUUUCGCAAACGCCGACUCUCAUGGUUGAUGUGAUGGUUCUUCUGGCUAAUUUCACUGUGUAUUCGAUGAGUGAUAACAUGGUUAUCACAGAGAAUGAGAAAGAGAAUCAAGUUCAACCACAGGUCGGUGCAAUAACAAUUAGGUCAUUUUCAACUUCAUCUUCUAGCAUAGAUAACAAUAGUGGUGAUGGUGGCAAAGUAAGCCCUAUUGCUAGUGGUACUGAGGGUGGGGACAAUAACUUAGGUACAUCAUCAGUGUCAACUCAAUAUCCUAAUGUUGUUCCUAAUGAGAUAUUUGAGGUUUCUUUGUCUACGAAUAAUUUGUUGACCUCAGAGGAGGUAAGUUUGUGGGAAUCAGUGGUAGAGGAAGCUUCAAGAAUGAGUGUAGAAAUGAGAGGGGUAGGUCUUGAUCAUCAAACAAUUCAACAGUUGGUAUCGCCGGUGACCGUGGAGAUUGAAUCAGAUGAUUAUGUGGAUUACUUUAGGACAGAUCUUUUUUACCAGAUGAGUUUAUCCCAGGACCCAAAUAAUCCUCUUCUGUUGUCUAACUAUGCGCAAUUCCUCUUCCUGGUUGCUCAUGACAAUGAUAGGGCAGAAGAGUGCUUUAAGCGUGCUGUGUUGGUAGAACCGGCAGAUGGUGAGGCACUGAGUCGAUAUGCAGAUUUCUUGUGGAUGGCAAGAAAGAAUACGUGGGAAGCAGAGGAGAGGUACCAGCAAGCCAUGGCAGCUGAGCCAGACAACUCUACUCAUGUAUCUAAGUAUGCCAAUUUCCUUUGGAACACUGGUGCCGAAGAGACUUGCGUAUCACUUAACACAUCCAAUGAUGACUACAAUAAAUUUUUGUAAAUGAGGGGUCUUAGCAAUGUAGCAUACCACUAAAAUCCAUGUAUUAGUUUGUCAUUCCAUAUAUGUUAUGUUGGAUUUAGUGCAUACCAAUCCCAUCCACCAAAAGAAAUUGAAAAUCUUCUGAAAGAAGUUAUUCAAGAACAGUCGGAUUGCUAUCA